ACAAAAAACUGAUUUAAAAGUUUGUAGCAAAAGUUUGUGAAAUAUGGAAACAGGAUUGAAACAAAAAAUUCGAUUUCAGGACCUCAAAACCAGUCGAAUCCAUCGUCUAAAAGUGGAAAUAUAGUUUCAUCUGUUCUUUAAUUUUUCCGCUGAUCUUUGCUAUCGCUCUCAAGAUUUAGCUCAAUAAAAGAAAAUUCCCGUCUAACAAAAUUGGCUCCCCUUUGAACAUUCAAAGCCACUUCUCCGAGUUUAGAAAAACUAGUUCCGAACCUGAAUACGUGACACUGCUCACUUGCCAACUCCCGAGAGUGACACUUUUCAUCUUGUUCCUUCCCCAACUAGCGUCGAAAACUAAUAAAUAUUGCGUGGUUGGUUCAUAGGCAGUGUGCGUAACAAACCUUUUUAAAUAAAUUAAUCACUCCACCAACAAUGGCAUUGUCAAGACGGCAAUACCAUGAUUGGUUUAAUCGACCCGUGCUGUGCUAGAAAAUGGUGUCUUGUGGUGGAUUAGUGCAACGAAACAGCAGCGAAAUGUGUGCGGAAUAACGGAAAAAUUCAAACAGAUGUUGAAGCAUGCCUUCUUCCACACGGACGAAACAAUGACUUUAGUGUUGCCAGUGUCUCGUGAUGUUCGCGAGCACGCCAAUCCGCACCAUGCCGCGAAAAAAGACUAAAAUGUAGUGUAAAUUCUGGUGAAAAAUGAGCGAAAACGUGCACCGGAUGGCCGACGGUACCAUGGCACCCGUCAACUACGACGCCAACGUUGACUAUGUCAUCACCGAAUACAUGGAACGGCUCGGAACCAGACUCAACAUCCUUGAAACGGAGCUGAAAUACGCCUGGCGUGCCCUUGAUUUACUCUCACAGGAGUAUAUCAAAAUGUGGGAGAGGUUGGAGAAGUUGGAGGGGUUGUUGUACGAGCAACAGAGUGUCAUUUCCCAAUUGUUGGAUUUUUACACCACGGGGGGCUGUCGCAACAUGGGGGCGGGAGCAACAGCUGGGGAACUGGAAGUGAUUCGUGAGAUUCUGGGCAAUGGGACUGUGGAGGACGGGCUGGAGGAGGGGCAAGACGUGUCAAGGACACAAGAGUUGGAGUUGGAGGAGUUGCAUGUGCCGGAUGAGGCGUUCUAUCGCAGCUUGAACCAGGCGUAUCGGGAGGACUUGGGGGGGCAAGGGUCACAGUUGGGGAUGAUUUGGGAGGAGAAGGAGGAAACUGACGACAACAAUGAGAAGAAAAAUGAUUGUUGUUUGGUUGAAGGCGAGGAGGUUUUUAGUGCUUUGGACUACAAGGACUAUCGGGGGAAUUCCCCGUGUGUUAGUGAACAGGAUAUAGCUCAAUUGUCACGCAUUGACUCCAUAGAUCACGUCGCCAUUGAAAAAUUAAACGAACUGGACCGUUUGAGCAGUAAAUUGCAACAAGACUCAGAUAAUAUUAAACAACUUCAACGUAAACUCCUCGAAUCUCCUCUUUCCAUGUCGCAAGACGACGAACCAAAAGACGAUCCUAACUGGAGUUUCUCCAAUUCCAACCAAACCGACCUCCUCAUCCUCAAAACCGAACUUCCAAACUUCGCCCCACGUCCUAGUUCCCGCCUCUCCGUCACUGAUAGUGUCAUUGCCACUGAUAACGAAGUCGCCGAAGUGCUCGCCGGUGGUUUACGCGGGAGCACCCCCACGUCCCCCCGGCGCGUCGCCUCCUGCACCGCCCCCUUCACCACCGUCACCGGCCGCCUCGCCUACAGCGCCGCUGUCCAAAACAUCGACUCCAAAAACCCGUUUUACAGUAGUCUAGUGGCCGCCUCCUACGAGACCAUCCCCUGCUCCACCCCUUCGAUCUUCAACGCGCGCGCCGAAACCGCCCCCUCGCCCUCCCUCUCCAUCCGCACGCGCCAAGACGGCUACAUUGCAACGAACGACCAGAAAGGUUCACCGAGUCCGCCCCCACCGGCCCCCGAGCCCAACCCAGUCUUCCUAGCCACUGAGCCGGCGCCACAGCAGUCAAUUAAGUCGCCCAAAAGCUCCCCCAAGCGCAAAAACGUCGUCAAAUCCGACUCAGGGCUGUCGUCAAUGAGUGGGUGGUCAAGUCUCGAGAAAUCACCAGGAAGUCCGAAAAUCAACAAAGGGCACCACCAUGACAACACCAUCCUACCUGGUGGCCACCACCUUUCGGCGUUCACGACGGUGAAGUCACCGUGUAGUUUGGAGACGAGCGAAGGGUACGGUACUUUUGUCCCAGCACCGGCCCCAGCCUCCGAUAUUAAUGUGAGUCCAAGGAGGAAAAAACACACCAAGGCGAAUUCUUUCACUUGGAACGACCAACCAGCGAUUUACUCCGUGGCGGGGAGCAACCGCGAGACUUACACUUCUGUCUAUACUAGUAACAGUGCCGAUUAUAUCACCCAGACUAUCAAUUACCCGGAUUUGGUCGAGCCUUACGAAAACAACGAAUUGCAACGAACUACUUCAGGUACCACCGAGAGGAGGAGGUCACUCUCGAGGAUGUUCUCCACGAGUAACGGCGACGGGGUCGCUAACCAUGAAGGUUACAAGACGGCAAUGCAACGCACGAUGUUCCCCACCGGUAACAUCACCGACGCCUUGUCGUACUACCCGACCUCCACCAGAUACGACGAGUACAACGAGGCCUGGCUUAACCCCCAAGAACAACAAGAAAGUCCGAGCAGUUCCAUGCGUUCCACGGAACCCUCGGAGUACAACCAAAGCCCCUACCUGGACCAGAGGAGAAUCUACGAGAACCAGGACAGGUGGAACCAACGGCAGGAGAUCCCUUACUUGGAGCUCGACCUCCGGAACCGGAACGUCCCUGAAUAUGUGGUCCAACAAAACGAGAACAAGUUCUUUGACCCCAGCUCGGUCAUAAUCACUCAGUCGGGCUAUAUUACCAUCAAUUCGGACACAAUCGACUCAUCCCGGGAGGAAAAAAAGAAAUUCAAGCGGGGUAAUACGUUAAAAUCGGCCAUGAGUUCGGUAAGUCAUUGGUUACCAGACCUGCACCUCACCAAGCGACACCGCUCGUAUUCCUUACCGUCGGGGGUCAGGCGGGAGGAUUUGUCCAAACCUAAAAGUAACGUCGGCGGUCGCAAGAAGAAGAAAAACGCGAUUGUGUCCACGGUUUCGGGGAUUUUGCAAAAAGCCAAGCGGAAAAGCUACUUCCACCACCACACCCAGUCACUCUCUGACCCCGAACAGUCCGAGAACGAGUGGGUGUUACAACGGGCCAGUUCUGUGGUCUCUGAAGAUGAUAGAAGUGAGGAUAGUUACAGUAUGUUUGAAGGACAAGCUGAGCGAGACCUCUUCGCCAAAGUGGCGAAACCCAAACCCGAGGACCUCCAAGUGGUUAAAGUGUCUCCACCACCACUCAACGACCACGUGGAGGAGGAAGUCUCCGGCGGGAGCGCCUCCAGUAGCAUUUUCCCCACGGUCGGCGAACCGUCGAAGAAGAGUUCCGAGUCGGAGAAAAGUGACGAAACGGUCAUCACCGAAAGCAAGAUGGUCGUGGUGGUUGGAGGCGCCUCCAUGGAGUUCGCCGUGUCCCGAGCCUUGGGCAAAUACCGCCAACAGAAGCAAACCUCUCUCCCCGACGAUCUCUCCUUGGAGGAACCCCAAGGGGUCGUGAUCGAGGAAAUCGUCGAAGAGGAACCAAAAGUGGACAAGUUGGUCGAACAAAUCAGUACUGAAAGCGAAGUCAGUCACACGGAACCGGUCCUAAGGGCCCAAAAUCGCUACUUGCCCAAACACCAACAAAGUUUGGAAAUACCAGGACAUAAGGAGGACGAUGACAGUCGGAGCACGCACUCCUGGCGGAGCACCUCCCGAGUGUCCUCGCGCCGCCAAAGCACCGAAGACAGCAUCGACAGUGAGGACGAGUGGUAUUGCUACGAGUUGCGGAAGCUGGAGGAGAUGGAACGUCAGUCGCAGCUUGAAGCCGAGAUGGGUGAAACCCUCCGGGAGGAGCCCGAGUUGGAGGAGGAGUACGAACCGUUCGAGGAGGUCAAGGAGCGGAUGUCCUUCGUGUUGCGAGAGCUACGCAUGAAGGCCAAGGUCGUGGAGGGGGUUCUGGAGGAGGGCGACAACAACCUCCACACCCUCCAAGAGGCGAAGAACCGCGAACGCAAAUCCAUCCAUUUGGAGGAGGCGCACAUGUUGUUCGACAAAAUCGCCCAAAACAUCAAGGAGGAGGAGGAGGAGCAAGCCAAGGACGAGGAACACUCCUCGGGGGAGACCUCCGGGCCGGACUCCCCCCAGCAGAGCGAGAACGAGGAGGAGAACACGGAGGAGUUUGCCAGGUGUCACGUCACCCCCCGUGAGGAGGAGCAAGCUGAGGAGGCUUCCGCCGUCCCCGAAAUCCAGGUCGAACCGGAAGUGGCGAAGCCCGAGACCAAGGAAACCGCCGGGAGUAAGUGGAAGCUCUUGAAGGCUUUGAAGGAGCGGAAGGCGGAGGAGAAGAGCAACCAGGACAAGGUUGAGCCAGCUAGUGAGAAGGACAAAAACGGGUCUGGACUUGGAGGCGAUUCCGGCGGACGGACAAAUGGCCAUCCAGGAGAUAAUCCAUUCUACAGUAACAUCGACAGUAUGCCGGAUAUCCGGCCACGACGGAAGUCCAUACCGUUGGUUUCCGACUUGACAAUGGCAGCGACGAAACGAAACGCUGGUUUGACGUCAGCAGUUCCUCGAGCAACUCUCAACGAUGAAGAACUGAAAAUGCACGUUUACAAGAAAACCCUCCAGGCGCUGAUUUACCCCAUCAGCAGCACCACCCCCCAUAACUUCGUCCCGUGGACGGCCACCUCCCCCACCUACUGCUACGAGUGCGAGGGGCUGUUGUGGGGCAUCGCUCGGCAGGGGGUGCGCUGCACCGAGUGCUCGGUGAAGUGCCACGAGAAGUGCAAAGACCUCCUCAACGCCGAUUGCCUGCAAAGAUUACUAAAGCUAAGGGCGGUUGUGAAUCGAUUAAAAUUGUUCAAAUCGUGGAUGUUUCUAGGAGCCGCUGAGAAAAGUUCCAAACAUGGAGCUGAAGAUAAAGCCAACAGUAUUAUAACAGCAAUGAAGGAGCGAAUGAAGCAAAGGGAACGAGAGAAGCCUGAGAUCUUCGAACUUAUCAGAACAACAUUUUCAGUGGAUCCAGACACACACAUUGAUUCAAUCGAGCAAGCGGAGCAAAUGACUAUAGAGGGCACGUCCAAGUGGUCAUGCAAGAUUGCUAUCACAGUCAAAUCCGCACAAGGACUCAUCGCCAAGGACAAGAGCGGCACCUCCGACCCCUACGUCACCGUCCAGGUCGGCAAAGUCAAAAAACGCACAAGGACCAUGCCCCAGGAGCUGAACCCCGUCUGGGACGAGAAGUUUUAUUUCGAGUGCCACAACUCCUCCGACCGGAUCAAAGUGCGCGUUUGGGACGAAGACAACGACCUUAAGAGCAAACUCAGACAGAAGCUGACCAGGGAAUCGGACGAUUUCCUCGGACAGACUAUUAUAGAAGUGCGGACUUUGUCCGGAGAGAUGGACGUUUGGUACAAUUUGGAGAAACGAACGGACAAGUCCGCCGUUUCCGGCGCGAUUCGCUUACACAUAUCGGUGGAGAUCAAGGGGGAGGAAAAAGUGGCCCCAUAUCAUGUACAGUACACUUGCCUUCACGAGAACUUGUUCCAUUAUCUGUGCGAGCAGAACAGCGGAGUUGUGAGUCUGCCGCAGGCCAAGGGGGACGAUGCCUGGAAGGUGUACUUUGAGGAGGCUGGGGAGGAGAUUGUGGACGAGUUUGCAAUGCGGUACGGGAUCGAGUCGAUUUAUCAGGCGAUGACGCAUUUUCACUGCCUCUCGACCAAGUAUCUGUGUCCGGGGGUGCCAGCUGUGAUGAGUAUGCUGCUGGCGAAUAUUAAUGCCUAUUACGCACACACGACGGCUUCGUCGGCCGUUUCGGCGAGCGAUCGAUUCGCUGCCUCCAAUUUUGGGAAAGAGAAAUUCGUAAAACUCCUCGACCAGCUGCACAACUCCCUCCGCAUCGACUUAUCCAUGUACCGCAACAACUUCCCGGCUUCGAGCCCCGACAAACUAAUGGACUUGAAAUCCACCGUCGACCUCCUCACCAGCAUCACCUUCUUCCGGAUGAAGGUCCAGGAGUUGACAUGUCCACCACGUGCCAGCACCGUCGUCAAAGACUGCGUCAAAGCCUGUCUCCGCUCCACAUAUCAAUUCCUCUUCGAAAACACCUACGAGUUGUACAAUCGCGAGUUCCAAAGCGACCCCAAUGAGCCCAAGCGCGACCCCGAAGACCACGGCCCACGCCUCGACAGCGUCGACUUCUGGCACAAGCUCAUCGCACUUAUUGUGUCCGUUAUCGAAGAAGAUAAGAACAGUUAUGGGCCGGUGCUGAACCAGUUCCCCCAGGAGCUGAAUAUCGGACAACUUUCGGCAGCCACCAUGUGGAGUUUGUUUGCUGUGGAUAUGAAGUACGCUCUGGAGGAGCAUGAACAGCAUCGACUGUGCAAAAGCUCGGCUUAUAUGAACUUACAUUUCAAGGUGAAAUGGCUGUACUCGAAUUAUGUCAAAGAUGUGCCUCCUUAUAAAGGUGCAGUGCCUGAAUAUCCUGCAUGGUUCGAGCCCUUCGUCAUGCAGUGGUUGAAUGAGAACGACGACGUUUCCCUCGAAUACCUUCACGGUGCCUUCAAUAGAGACAAAAAGGACGGCUUCCAAAGAAGCAGCGAACACGCCCUCUUUUCCAAUUCCGUCGUGGACGUCUUCACCCAACUGACCCAAUGCUUCGACGUCGUCUCCAAACUGGAAUGUCCAGACCCGGAGAUCUGGAAGCGCUACAUGAAACGCUUCGCCAAAACCAUCGUCAAGGUGCUAAUAGCGUACGCUGACAUCGUCAAAGGGGAGUUCCCCGAACACGUGAAAGAGGAACGAAUUGCUUGCAUUCUUAUGAACAAUAUCCAACAAUUACGGGUACAAUUGGAGAAGAUGUUCGAGUCAAUGGGGGGCGAAAAGUUGGAAGAAGACGCUGCGAACAUUCUCAAGGACUUGCAACAAACCCUGAACGGGUGUUUGGACGAAUUGGCCACGCAGUUCGCCUCCAGCCUUGAGCCGCGCAUUACCGUCAGUGUGAAGGAACUAGGCGACCUCCUUUUGAGUAUUAAAGGAGGAGGUCAGCCUGGAACCACCCAACCAGCGCAGAGAAACGUCGUAGCAUCGGAAGCUGACGAAGUGUUGCGACCUCUCAUGGACCUCCUUGACGGUUCGCUCUCCCUCUAUGCUCAAUCGUGCGAGAAGACUGUCCUCAAACGCCUCCUCAAAGAGUUGUGGAAGAUCGUGAUGAGGAUCCUUGAGAAAACGGUGGUCUUGCCACCAAUGACGGACAAAACGAUGAUGUUCAAGAGCCUGACUGACAAUGCGAAAAACCUCGCCGCCAAAACCAAAAUCGAGGACAUGUCCACACUGUUCAAAAACCACAUGGCGGGCAAACAGGACGUGAAGAACGCCCUCAGCGGCGUUAUGGACAUUUCGAAGGAGGUGGAGAAGAACCUCUCCCCCAAGCAGUGUGCGGUGCUGGACGUGGCCUUGGACACCAUCAAGCAGUACUUCCACGCGGGCGGGAACGGCCUGAAGAAGGCCUUCUUGGACAAAAGCCCAGAAUUGCAAAGUUUGCGUUACGCCUUAUCUCUCUAUACGCAAACGACUGACACUCUUAUCAAAACUUUCGUCACGACGCAAAUUAACGAAGUGCCGCUUAACAAUAAAGAAACAAUGCUCCAACGACAAAUUUCGAUCGAGCGUGACGAGACCGAGACGGGACUUGAAGCGUUAGAAGAACCAUUGAAGGCUAAAAAACGAAGAGAAAGUCGACAAGACACUUUGGAUGGCCAAGAGGGCAGUGUUGGCGAAGUGUCGAUUCAAGUGGAUCUAUUCACACAUCCAGGCACAGGCGAGCACAAAGUUACCGUCAAAGUUGUUGCCGCCAAUGAUUUGAAAUGGAACGUCGUUUCGGGAAUGUUCCGACCGUUCGUGGAAGUGAAUCUGAUUGGUCCGCACCUCUCCGACAAGAAGCGGAAACACGCGACGAAAUCCAAGGCCAAUAACUGGUCGCCGAAGUAUAACGAGACGUUUCAUUUUACUAUUGGUAACGAGGAGCAGUUGGACUACUUCGAGUUGCACAUUUGCGUCAAGGACUAUUGUUUCGCUCGCGAGGACCGACUUGUGGGCGUGGCCGUGAUGCAGCUCAAGGACAUCGUGGAGAAGGGCUCGUGCGCCUGCUGGCUGUCAUUGGGUAAACGCAUCCAAAUGGACGAGACUGGUUGGACGAUUCUGCGCAUCCUCUCUCAACGCACAAAUGAUGAAGUGGCGAAGGAGUUUGUCAAAUUGAAAUCGGAUAUACGUCAGGAAAACCCCCUUCCGAACCAGUAAGACAGACGGCAGUGUUUUCUCAAAGCUGUGUUCAUAAUCCAUUUCAAGCAGUGUAUAAAAAAAAAGUCGGACCGUCCUUACAGACUGUUGACGUCGUUUGAUAUCAUUAUAUUAACAUUUUAAAAUAAUAUUUAUGUGCCUCCUCACCCGAACAUUAAAACAAUAAAAUUAUUAUGAUAUGCCACAAGAAAGAAUAAAACAAAAACAAACAAACUACAUGUCUAAUCACACAAAACUUAUUCAAAUAUAUUGUAAAAAGUACGCAAUAAAACAAUGAUGAUGCAUUACAUAUUUACAUUCCUCUCAUGUAUUUGUACUUAAAAUGUGAUUCAAGUAGCAUAAGAGAUUAAGUAAUAAAAUAUUUCAUAGAUAUUUUUUUAUGCAUGAGAGAACGCGGUGUGCGACAGCGUUUUUCAUCUAUCUUUCUAUGCACAAGGGGCGGAAUACACAGCAAGGAUCCCAACACACGUGGCUCAGUGUUUACCCAAAAAAAAAAGGUUUUUUGAAUUUUUUGGCCAAAGUAGAUUUAUAUUCUAUCAAAAAAUAUAAAAAACGUAUUCGGGAAGUAGAGUUUUCGAAAAAAUUCACAUGAAAUCGUAAAUUCUAUAAAUUUAGCAAAGAGUUUCUAAAUUUCUCGUUUCUAUGAUCUAGAAUUCACAGGUCUAAAAUUCUAAAUUCUAAAAGAUCUUAGCAACUCUAGAAUAAAUAAACUUAAAAUUUGAAAUUUCACACUUCUAGAACUACAAAAUCUUAGAUAUAGAAUCUAGUUACAUAAGAUUCGAAACUCUAAAAUUUUUUAUUUCUAAAUUUUUUGAAUUCACGAAAUUCUAUUGAAUUUGGACAAAAACAUCUAAAAUUCUAGAUCCUGUUAUUUCUUUUUGGUUUUUUAUUCUAAGAUUCAUAAAACUUUAUAAAAUUUAAGGCAAUUGAGUCAAAAAUUCCAAAUUUGGUUUUUAUAUUUUAGUCUGUGUUUUUGAACUUGAAGAUCUACAAACUUUUGAAGUUCUAAACUUUUGAAAUUUAAAGUUCUAAUCUCUAUAACUUUUGGAUAAGUUUUAGAAUCAGAUUACAGUUAUUAUUAGACAUAGUUUCCUAUUUCUAACUUUGGUAGCUUUGAAUUUUCGAAACAAUUCCUUAGAAUUCUAUAGAAUUUUAGACUAUUUUAUCGUAAAUUCUCUAGAAUUCUAUAGUUCUUAGAAUCCAAAACUACAAAAACAGCAAAGAAUUCUAUAAAAUUUAUGUCAAAAUAAUCUAAAAUUCUAAAUCUUGUGUUCUUAGACUUCUAAAUCUGAGAUAACAAAACGAGUUUAUGAAAAUAGAAACUAAAGAUUCAUAUUUCUAAACCUUUGAAUUCUAAGAAAUUCUAGAAUCUUAGACUAUUUUAUCGUAAAUUUUCUAGGAUUCUCUAGAAUUACAUAUAAUUCUACAAAAACAACAAAGAAUUCUAUACAAUUUACGACAAAAUUAUCUAAAAUUGUAAAUCUGCAUUCUUAGAUUUCUAGAUAUGCAUUAGAGUCUAUGAAAAUAAAAACUAUGGGUACAGAGUUCAAUACUAGAGCUUUUAAUACUAAGGAAUUUUAGAAUUUUAGAAUACUUUGUCGUAAAUUUUCUAAAAAUUUUAAAUUCUUAGAAUCCCAAGCUACAAAAACAACAAAUAACUCUAUAGAAUUUAUAUCAAAAUAAUUCAAAAUUCUAAAUCUGCAACAAAAAAACGAGUUCAUGAAAAUAGAAACAUAAGAUUCAGAUUUCUAAACUUUCGAAUUCUAAGAAAUUCUAGAAUUUUAAACUAUUUUAUCGUAAAUUUCCUAGAAUUUUUUGGAAUUCUAGAAUUCUAUACAAUUCUACAAAAAGAGCAAAGAAUUCUAUAAAAUUUACGACAAUAUUAUCUAAAAUUCUAAAUCUGCAUUCUUAGAUUUCUAAAUAUGCAUUAGAGUCUAUGAAAAUAAAAUCUAAAGAUUCAAACUUCAGUACUAGAGCUUUACAUUCUAAGAAAUUUUAGAAUUUUAGAUUACUUUAUCGUAAAUUUUCUAAAAUUCUUUAAUCCUUAGAACCACAAGCUACAGAACAAAAAAUUCUAAAGAAUUUAUGUCAAAAUCAUGUAAAAUUCUAAAUCUGUAUUUAUUUUAUCGUAAAUUUCAUAAAUUCUCUAAUUCCUAGAAUGCGAAGCUACGAAAAUUUACGAGAAAAUAGUCUAAAAUUCUAUAUCUUUAAUGUUAAAUUCCUAAAUCUGCUUUAAAAAAAGGGGUUCAAAAAAACUAAAAAUUCAGAUUUCUUAACCAAAUUUUUGGGUUUUAUACAAUUUUAGACUUAAACUACACUCAUUCCUAUUAAUUUUUUUUGGUUUCGUAUUCUAAGAUUCUAAAAGUUCUAAAAAAUUUAAGAUAAAUGAGUCUAAAAAAAUCUAGAAAAAAUCUUGAGGAGUCGAAGAAAAUAUAUAAAAUUCUAAACUCAAAAAUUUUUGAGUUUUAUAGAAUUUUAGAUACAAAUCGUAGUCCUCAUUAGGUGUAGCUUUCGAUUUCCAAAUUUUUUAGUUUCGGGUUCAUAAAAUUCUGUAGAACUUGCGAUAAGUGAGUCUAAAGUUCUAAACCUUGUAAGAUUGUAGAUCUUACUUCUAAAAUGAUUUAAGAAAGUUGAAAAAAGUCAAAAUUUAGUGUUAAAUGUUGAGACAUGUGUUUCCAUCAUAUCUUGUCCAUGCUGUGUGUCUUUGCCCCUCCUUGAAAUCUCGCCUUACAUUGACCUUCAUGCGUUCUGUCUCAACUUCUCGCUUCUAAAACUAAAUGUGGACAUUCUGCAUCGCAUUCUUCACUGUGAUAUUCAAGUACAGUGUGUAUUCGUGUCGUCUGUGUUGUCUACAUGUGCCGAAACGCAAUGUCUAGCAAUUUUCUCUAACCAAAAAAAAAAACAAACCAAACCGCUGUAUUUUCUACAAGUCGACAAUAUCUUUCCUCUUUUUGAAUGCAAGAAUCUUAGAUUUAAGCGGUCGGGCGAACUGAUUAGAUAAAUGAAGAAAUUUCUCAUCUGUAUCAAUCAUGAUCUUCCAUUCGAAGAAAUUGGAUCUGUUUUAUGUAAACGAAAGUUCCUUGAAAAAUUUCACAUAAAACAGAUGAUCUGUAUCAUAUCCAUUCGGGGUGCUCUCAGUCCAUUUUUCUCAUUAGACUGAACUUUCAACAAUAACUUUCUUGAUGUUGCUACAAGUAUUUAGACUCACGUUCAUCACGUUUUUCGUUGGUGGUUAAGUGUUUUUGAAAAAUUUUUUUAACGAUUUGCUGGCAAAGUCGUACAAAACUUCUCUAGAUUAAUUCCAUCAAUUGUAAUUUGUAUGUAACAUAGGCGUACUUGUCUUUUUUAAUUUUAUAAAGUUUCGUUUUCACAAACAAUGACCAAGCAUGUAAUUAUAUACUAAUGUAAUCACAAAUUAACGUAAAUUUAUGUAAAUGCAUAAUGUUAAUACGUAAUUGUAAAAAAUAAAUGCAAGUCCUUAUUACUUAGGACUAACUUAAAACAAAUAUUGUAUUCUUGUUAAAUCGGCCAAUCUCGUUUUCAGAUUGGACGGUUACUCUGUUGUAAAUAAAAUAUUUGCUGUAAAAAUUAUCUUACAUUUUUCGAUUUUUCAUUAUAACAUGGACCAUUGAUUCGAUUCUAAUUUGUUAGCCUAUCAAAAUGCCACGCCAUUGUUCAAAGCGACAUUUUCUUAGGCUAGUUUUACUGUUGAUUUGUUACUGGACGAUGUGACAUUUUAUUUGUCCAAAUAUACGCAUCACAAGCA